UCUUCUUUCUGUGCCCUUCCCCUACUUUUCAACUCUCUCUCUCUCUCUCUCUAGAUCCCUUCAUGUGAACAAGGCUCUUCUGAUUAUUACAAUCUCUCUCUGUCUCUCUCUUCUUGUUCAUCUGAUUUAAUGUAUAUAUCUAUGACUAUAUACAUCAUGAUCAUGGACAUGUGAGGAGAGGCAAAGAGAGAGAGGGAGAUCGCAAAUUAAGGGGCUGGGGGGUGCUGAUUAAUUUAUGGACUCCAUCUUCCUGCAGCCUGAUGGAGCUCGCGCCACCUUUCUCCAGCAACUAGUUCACGCCUUUGGCUGCUCUUACAUCUGCCUCUGGUUUUUCUCCUCCCCAAGUUCCAACUGUUUGAUUUUCACGGACGGAUUCUACAACGAGUUGGAGAGCGUCAACCAGCCAAGCUCCUCCACCGGAAGCCUAGCCCGCCGGCUUUUCGAGGAAUACCGGAAACUCAUCUUCGUGGUCGACAACGACCGAGUUCCAGGCCUUGCUUUCAAGAACAGGCUUCCAUUCAUGGAGCUCAAGGAACUGGAGCUUCAAGGUCUAGCCUCCGCCGAAGCCCAGCUCCAAUUCUAUCAGGAAGCUAGGAUUAAGAGAGCGAUUUUCAUGGGUUGCAAUGCCGGAGAAAUUGAACUCGGCAUGUCCAUUGACACUCAAGACAAGUUCAUAUUCAGAAGGUUUUCACAGGCGAACUUGGAAAUGGAGAUGAAGAACUGGUUCCCGGACGAUUUCUCCGGGAAGAAACCCAUCCGAGAAUUCCCAAUUCUGGCUGAUCAGAACAGGCCUUCUUCAUCUUCUUCUUCGCUCAGAUCGCUGUCCAUGGAGAGCCAAGAGUUCUCGCCAUUUCUCCUCAACAUUCCGAGCUCUUCCCUUGUUGCAGAGCCGCCCAAAGAAGCUCCAUUGGAGCAAGCUCUGAGACCAGUUUCUUCUUCUGCUUCAAUCAGUCCAUUGCAUCAAGCCAUGCAAGCCUUCAGCCAAAUCCGAAACGCUCCAUUUCCAACGCCUGAAACUGAAGAUGCCGCCAUGACAAAGGCCAUUCUCGCCGUUCUCUCUUCGCCUUCUUCUUCCUCUUCUUCCUGGCAGCAACAAAACCUUAAUCCUCCGACCCAAAAGAGCAGUGCGUUCAAGCGAUACAGGUCGGGUUUAGUCCCGAUUGCAGCCAGAAUUCAGAGACAAAAUAUGCUUAAGCGAGCGAUCACAUUCCUUAGAACCCUAAAUUUGACGAGGAGGCAAGAAAGGGUUCAAGGCAGCCGCCCCACGAGCACGCAGUUGCACCAUACGAUAUCGGAGAGGAAGAGACGCGAGAAGCUCAACGAAAGCUUUCAAGCACUUAGAUCCCUUCUUCCUCCCGGAACAAAGAAAGACAAAGCAUCAGUGCUUGCAAGCACCACCCAGUACUUGACUUCUUUGAAAGCUCAAGUGGCCGAUCUUUCCCGAAGAAACCGGGUACUAGAAGCACAGAUUUUGCCAAGACGAGAAGCAAGUGGAGAAGCGAGUCGACUGCCCACAACAGAGAGGCUAGAUGUUCGAGUUACAGGUGUUGCUGAAUCGACAUCAGAAGCUCGAAUCGUGGACUUGCAAGUGAUCGUCAGAGGAGACUGUAACAUGCUGGAUCUGGUGAUCCGAAUGCUCGAGUUCUUCAAGCAGAUUAGGAAUGUCAGCUUAAUGUCCACGGAAGCUGACACCCAAGUGGAGGAAUCAAGCUCUAUUAAUCGGGUCGUCUUCAGAUUGAACAUUGAGGGAGGUGAUUGGGACGAAUCGGCUUUCCAAGAAGCUGUGAGAAGAGUGGUUGCUGACAUGGCACAGUGACAACAGCCAACUGGUCAUACCAGAAGCCACCACGUGUCCGAACACGACGACAAGUUUGGCGGCGACACGUUAUGGUCAAUGGUGGUUCACCAUUUUCCGCCAUUAAUGAUUACAAAAAUUGCAUCUUUUGUACGGGUGUACUAAUUCUAGCACAAUUUUGGUAGUGGAGAGUAUAAUAUAUAUAUAUAUAUAUAGCAAACCAUGUAUGCUGCUGAUAAUUUUGAUGACAGAGAAAUCCCAUCCAACUGAUUUUGAAUCA